GCCAGGGCGCUCCAGAGCCAUGUUAAGGGCGGCUAUAGAGGCAUGACCCAGAUAGUGGUAGAGUGAAGGAAUGAUGGAUUUUGACGAGCUGGUCCCUGUCGGUUCGAACAUGUAUUUGCCCAGUUGCACAUACUACGUCUCGGCGGGGGCAGACUUCUCAGGUCUACCCUCGUUUUUGUCCCAGACUCCGUCUACUCGCCCCAUGACAUACUCGUACUCAUCUAACCUGCCGCAAGUCCAGCCCGUGAGAGAGGUGACGUUCAGGGACUAUGCUGCCAUUGACGCGUCUGGUAAAUGGACACACCGGGGGAACCUGCCCCAGUGCUACCCCACCACGGAGGACAUGGUUCACCGGGACUGUCUGUCCUCGCAGCCCACCAUGGGGGAAAUGUUUGCCAAAAACAACUCUGCCGCAGCUGCCGCGUACCACCACCACUCCGGCGCGGGCUCUGCAGCGUCCAAUUUCUACGGAAACGUUGGCAGGAAUGGGGUGCUGCCCCAAGCCUUCGACCAGUUUUUCGAGACAGCAUACGGUAACGCCUCGGAAGCUCCGUCGUCUAACGUCUACUCAGGGAACACAACGGCCACCAAACAAACAAGCUCCGCGGCAGAGCACGAGCCAUCGUGCCGGGACACUGAGGGGAAGGAGCCACACGAGGAGACCAGCAGUCCGGAGUCCUCUUCCGGCAACAAUGAGGAGAAAUCGAGCAGCAGCAGUACGUAUUAAGUCAGCAGCCUGGUUAUGAGAGAAAGUUUGCAAUCUAGCGCGCUGCUGUUAAAUUUUUUAUAUGGUGUUUUAUAAGCGUAUAAGGUUUAUAGAGGGCCUGUAGAUUUCCCCAACAAAACUUUGUUAUAAACUUCAGGAUCACGUGCUUGGAAUUGAAAUUGGCCGUGAAAGAAAUCAAAACGAGUGAUUUUUCUUAACACUCCCUAAAGUUUUUAAAAAGCACGUAGUUAUUACUGUGAAUUAUAACGUAGACCUAAUACUCCUGGUCGCACAUAAAUGUAGCCUAGUUUCACGGUUUCUUGGCGUUAAAAUAGCACUUACUUGCUUGUAAUGAGGGGGGUGCCUCUGGUUUAAGGGUUAGGACAUUGGAGCUGGUGCGUUAAAGCAAUCAGGCAGUUUGUGUGUUGCACUAGUAUGCUAUUUGUCAUGUUCCUGAUGUGAGAAAUCAAGAAGCUGAUCAAAUUUCAUCUAUUGAUGAGUUAUUACUGUUGAUAUUAUUUUAUGAUUAAUUGCAUUUCGUCUAUAGCCUUACAUGCAUGCUGAAAACUGUCAGUGAUCAUGCAUAGCAUAUGCAGUGUUGUGGAUACGAACACUGGCUUCAUAUUGUAAUUGUAAUUGAAUUACUGCAUAAUUAAGAUAUAGAAAUGAAAAGAGGCAAUAACAAUAUUUUUCGUCGUAUUGAUUUGGUCAAUGCGCAAUUAUAGACUACCUAAAAGCCUAUAACAAUGCCUAUAAAUCCUAGAACAUAGUCAUGGAUAAUUUGAGCUUUUUGUAUUUUUUUGUGACCGACAUUCUCUUCUCUUCUCUCUUCUAGAUGGACAGAGGACUCGUAAGAAAAGAUGUCCUUAUACAAAAUAUCAGAUCCGAGAACUGGAGAGGGAGUUCUUUUUCAGUGUGUAUAUCAACAAAGAGAAAAGACUCCAGCUUUCUCGUAUGCUGAACCUCACCGACCGCCAAGUGAAAAUCUGGUUUCAGAACCGAAGAAUGAAGGAAAAGAAAUUAAACAGAGACAGAUUACAGUAUUACACCACGAACCCGCUGCUUUAGGUGUGACUUGUCAUAUGCGUUUACAGACUUAUUGACUCGCUGUGGUCUCUUUCCCCUGACGUUUGUGGCAGCAGUAGCAACAACACAACAACAACGUCUACAGCUGCAACACGAUGCUCAACUGUUAAUUUCAAGUUCGAGGACAGGCAGCAGAAUCGCUACUGAUUUCCAUCAGUUUGAGAACGAGCAUGAUUUAAAUUGACACAUUGAUGGCAUUUUGGCCAUCAGACUUUGUUUAAAAAAUAUAUUUCUUCGGAUUUUGUCCUCACCAAGACUAUGUUUCUUGUGUAUCCUAAUAUUAUUGUGACACUGUAGGCCUAUAGCCUUCAUUUUCGCCUCGAAGCGCGAACAGCCUUACCAGUCUAACAAUGACUGAACCGGGAGCAUUUUGUAAUCAAAAGUCCUCUUGUAAAUUACGUUUUCUGUUAGUAAAAUCGUACGAGUGGUGACGUGGUAUAGGUUUCUUGUUGGCAGACAAUAUGUGAUGUUGUGCAUUUAAUAAUUGAGGCUAUGACUUUAAUUAAUGAAUUGGUGUGCCCUAAUAAUGAGACUUGGAAGGGCGCGAUUGUAAAUUGUCUCUGUGUGUAAGGUUUAUUUAUUUUGCAGCCACUGAUUUCCUAUCACUUUUAAAAGAAUACCAACUGCAAAGCUAUAUCAGAAAAAGAAUAAGGACUCGGUGUUAAAUUGUGUUGACCCCAAACCGUGACUAGGCCAUUGCUACCACUGUAAUAGUUUCAACACAACACAUGUAGUAACGUUUGUUUAUAUUUUGUAUACUUCAUUACCACACUUAAUUUGGCUUUGAAUUUGAUGUUAAUGCACGGACAAACCCAAUAAGAAGAAUAUUAACCCUAUACAGACAGAACCAGAUAUAAGCUUGUUCAGCCUCAUUGUAGCCUAUAGCCGAAUUGUUGCAUUGCGACACGCCUGUUGUUAAUACAGGCCUUGAAUGCAACAAGACCGCAAUCUUUCGAUACCCAGAUUCAGCCAAUAUGCAUCCAGGUUUUUUUCAAAUAGGACGAAAUAUUUCUUUAUGUUAUUCACAGGUCUUUUUGUUUUCUGUUGCAGUAACAUGAACGUGAAAUGCGUUUUGAAAUGUACUGUCAGGGACAUAAUCUUGGAUCAAUUGCUUGGUAUGCCCCAAAUAUUCUGUAUUAUCC